AAGCUUACUUUGCCAAAAUAUUUGUAAUUGUGGAUUUGUUAAACUGAAUUGCUGCAGGUCAUGCGAUGGGAUUAGUUUUUUGUAAUAGAAUGGAGAGUGCAGGCAGUGCUGUGCUCAAUACUCUCUGGGCUAGAAGAAAUUGGCGACCGCAGAAAAUCUUGCUAAACGUCGCUUUCAACUUCCUGCAGUGUUGCUGGAUUACAGAAGGCAAGAAUUUGUUCCAGAUGACUUUUUAUUGUGAUUAAGUGUGUUUGACAGCCGGGGUGUGAAGGGAGACCAAGAAGAGACUGUGAGAGAGCAGCUCCUGGGUCUGCUAUCGGUGUAGUCUGGGGCUUGAGCUUGAUUGAAUUAAGGUGGAGCAAGGUGAGCUUCAUGGAAGAUACUCCUCAACCUCUGCUUGUGGUGGAGGAAGGAGAGUUUAACAAAGUUGGGAAACUGUUAAGUUAUGCAGAUAGAAGCUGAAAUAGGCACCCAAGUACCUGCUAAUCAGUUCUGGGACUGCUCCUUUCAGAUUUACCCAGGAGCAUUUCCUUUCUAACCUAAUGGAACUGACUUUUGCCUGUUACACAUGGAAAAUUUUAAUCAAAACAAAUUAGGUGAGAAGAGCUUAAAGUGCUGUGGUUUGGAAUGCUCAUUUGGUGCUUUUGUGGCUCUGUUGAGGUCUUUCAGUAUUAAGGAGCAAUGCUCUGAGUUCAUAAAUACUAAGUAUGUGGGAAAAGUGUGCUGCUUUGCCGACAGGUGAAUUGGCUGCCUGCAGCCGUGGUGCCUUUUACUGGCUUUAAGAGGAUUGCUAAGAUAUUACUCUCAUAAUUAUUUCAAUCAGAGGUCAGUAAAAUUAACAUCUUCACUGCUUUCUUGUAUUUCUGGCUGCAUGCAAUUUAGUGCCACUGGGUGAAUGUGUUGUUUCUAAUCUGUUAAUUUUCUUGUAACAAUAUUUUUUUCAUUACUUUGUCUGUAAUUUUCAGUACUACUUAGUAACCGGAGAAAAAUGCAACUUCUGAAGCUUAUUUAUUAAUGUUGGUGCUCAUUUUAGUUCUGCAUAUAAGAAAUGUGAGUUUUCUUGUUUGAUUCAUAAUCAGACUUCAUGAAAUGCAUGGGAGGAAAAAUGUCUGUGUUCAAAGUAGAUAUAUGAUUCUCUCCUCAAUGAGCUAUACUGAGGAGAAAGUUGUUAUGCAAGUUUCAAGAGCCACUAUGAGGCCUGAGCAUAAUAAACUUCAAAAUCUCUGUGCACAUUGAGUCUAUAUAAUGGCAUGUUGCAAAAUCCUCAUUCUAAGGUUGUCCCAGAGAGGGAAUUGUCUUUGCUGCUGACCCCCUGGAUCACAGGUAGCUUGCCUUGAACUUCAGCAGCUCAUGCAGGAGCUGAGCCUGGAGCUUGGCUUUGCUGAUGAAGCCAUGGCCAGAUGGAGCCUCUGGGGAGGCAGCGUUUCCGAGCCCUCCCCUCUGCUGAGUAAUUGGCUGCAGGGCUCAGCUGGGGGUGGACCAUGGCUCAGGGCUUGAUUCUAGUGCCCCCAGCUCUUUUCCACCAUUGACCCCACAGCAACAAAUGCCAGAACCCCAAAUACAGGAAGGAAACACCUGGAGCUGUCCUGUUCCAGCCUGAAUGUAAGGAGAGAAGGAGGUGCAUCAUGUGAGUUCCAGGUGUGGUUGUUCUUCAGAAACCUGUGUAUGUAUAGCAGGCUUGAGCUUCUCCAGGAUGAUGGAAGAGGUGUCUAGAACACCUUUGGAGGAUAAGAAAAAGCCCCUACUGGGACUCACGGCAUGCUUUGGAGGGGUGCAGGAGCAGAAUUGAAAUGUCCUCUCUUGUCCUUUCCUCUAAGUUCUGUAAACAGAAUGCCUUCUCUCUACAAGGAGAAAGAGCUUUUAGUUAUGCUAUACAGAAUUCAGGUUUCCUGCAAGGUGAGAUGGUUAGCACUGGGGAAAUUUGUUUCAAAUUCACCUGUCUUGUUCUUUGGAAUAACACAGCUUAAAGAUUCCAGAAGCAGGUCACAAAUUUUGUUAUGCUUCAGUUCAGUACAAGAUGAAAUGCUGCAUCUUUUCUUAAAGUUUCUCAGUCUUAAUGAUUUUGCAUUUACACAGGUGACAUGGAAUGCUACAUAUGCCAUAGAUUUUAAAGCUUUAUCUCUCAGUGCUGUCUGGUGUAAUGUAAGGUCUUGCUACGGCCUUAAACAGGUGAUGCUGUAAUUAAUACCUUUAUUAUGAAGGAAUUACAGGGAGGCGUGUGGAGAAGAAAGGUGGGCAUUCCCUCUUCCUCUCAGGUAUGUGAAACAUCAUGCACUGGGUGAAACUGGUAUAGAAUCUUGUCCAUAUUCCAGGAUUAAUGAGGGUAAAAAAAAAAAAGCUUUUAAAAAUACCAUAAAAUGGGACUAAAACUGGGAAGAAACAAACUUUUAGACUCUCUUGAAUGCUGCAAAAAAAUUUCCUCAGUCUUUUAGCUUCUGUCCUCUUUAUUGCAAAAGAGCACUUGAAAAUGAAAUUAUUCUCCUAUCAUAAUCAGCCAGAUUACAUAGAAUAAAACCAGGAGAGAUCAGGUUUCUUUAUUUCAGGUUUAAGAUGAAUGAGCAGACUGGUAUGAAAUACAUUGAUUGCAUAAGGCUUUAGAAUAAAUUAUUCAGAAAUCACUUGAUAUUUUUGAUAGCAACACUGUGUUUAUAGUGUAUACCAGGCACUCAGGAAAGGAAAACUUCCCUUGAAGAUUUCAGUCUGCCUGCAUGCUGCCCUAAAGUUUUCCUUCAUAUUUUACGCUUAGUUAUUGCUGGGAUCAUGGGCUUAACAUUUAAUCCCUGUUCCAGAGAACCACAGCAGAAUUGAAUAAUAGCAGACAUGAUUCAAACUGCAACUUUAGAAGUUGCCAGCGAUCACACUGUUUGACCAACUAUAGAAACGUGUGCAUGAGGAAGCGGAAUAUACUGUGGGGGUAGAGAUGAAGCAUACCACCACCAUUAGGCAAUCUGCGAGUUUUCCAGUUAUAAUCUGUUGGAUCUAACAGCACGUGUUCCCUGUGUGCCAGCAGUCUGACACUGGUAGCUCUCUUUCAAACCCUUGAGUACUCAGAGCUGCUGUUUUAAGGCAACAUCUGGCAAAUGUGGUAAGAGUUGAAGUAGUGACAGCUUUCUGCUCCAUGUCACACUUCUGCCUUGAUACUAAUAGUUCAACAACAAUGAAACUUGGAAAGGUCUUGAAAGUUUCCCAGUAAUUACGUAUGGUUCUCAAAUACCUCCAGUUACAAUGCCUGACUGCAGAGAGGAAAUUGUUCUUAAUGCUCUACCUGAACUUACCCCAGGUCAACUUCUGGCUGUCGCAUUUUGUCCUGUCACCGUUAACUGGGAGCAGAGGCCGACCUUCAGCUCUGUACAGCCUCCUUUGAGGGAGCUGGACAGAGCUAUAAGGUCUCCCCUGAGCCUUCUCUUCUCCAGACCCAACAAUCCUAGUUCCUUCAGUCGCUGCUCAUAAGGCUGUGCUCCAGACCCCUCACAGCUCUGUUGCCCUUCUCUGGACAUGCUCCAGAGUCUCAUUGCCUUUCUUGUGAUGAGAGGCUCAGCACUGAACACAGUGCUGAAUACAGAGGGAUGGCCACCUCCCUGCUUCUGCUGGCUGCGCAAUUUCUGAUACAAACCAGGAUGCCUUUGGUCCUCUGGGCCACCUGUGCACACUGCUGGCUCAUGUUCAGCUGAGCAUCAACCAGCACCCCCAGGUCCUCUGCCUCCUCACAGCCUUCCAGCUGCUCUGCCACCAGCCUGUAGUGGGGUUGUUGUGGCCAAAGUGCAGGACCUGGCACUUGGUCUUGGUGAAGCUCAUCCUGUUGACCACAGCCCAGUGAUCCAGCCUGUCCAGAUCACUCUGUAGGGCUUUCCUAGCCCCAGGCAGAUUGAUGCUUCCUCCCAGCUUGGUGUAAUCUGCAAACUUCCUGAGGGUGCACUCAGUCCCCUCCUUCAGAUAAUCAAUAAAGGUGUUAAGCAGGAUUGCCCCAGCACUGUCCCCUGGGGAACACCACUCAUGACCAGUUGCCAGCUGGAUAUAUCUCCGUUCACCACCCUUCUCUGAAUGGUAGUGAAAAUAGUACACAGGCAGGAAAAACGAUUUGCUGCUGUUGGGAUGGGGCACUAAGCUAGUUGCACUGACUUCUGUCACAUCAGGGUUUUUCUUAAUUACUUUAUUGCUGCUUUUUCCUUGCAUAAUUGAGGUUUAUUCAACCCUGAGCAUAGCUGUGCCUUGUACUUCACUGUGCCUCCUGUAGGCAUGGAGUAGCGAGCAUCUUCUGCAUGCGUUAAGCUGAAAGAUUGUCCUGUGUGUAUUCGUCACAGUUGGCUGCAGUGUUAAGGUAAACAAAGUCCUGUCCUACUUGUGUCAUGUUCUCUUUGCUCACCCUUUGGAAGAAACGAGAUUGUUGCUGGAAUAGCUUGUUGAAAUGCUUACUGAUACUGCUGGCAAAUCUCUGACAUGGCAUAACCAUGGCUAGAAGAGAAGUCAGAGCCUCCUAGAAUCAUACUUACUCUGCAGCCAUGGCAUAUAUAUUAUUUUCUUAAAUAGUAAGAUGUGAGAGUCAGUGUAACAAAGAAUGUGUUGUCUAUGUCCUCCUAUUUAAAAAUAUAUCGUGUUAAUGUAAACAUGACCACCAGAUUAACAGAUAAACUAGGCUUUCUGGUAGCACCUAUAAAAACUAGUAAACAUGUGUGAGGAAAGUGGUAGAAAUCAAGUAAAGAAUCUGGAAAAUUCUAGUUAGUUAGGGCUGGACUGUCAGUCUUUUGGAAAUGGGGAGAGGAAGAUUUUUGCCUCAGACUAUCUGAAAAAUGUGAGAGUUCAAAUGUAAACAAGUCUGAGAUGCAUGGGCUUUCUGCAUGUAGCCGAUUUCAAGACUUAAAUCAAUCAACAUGCAUUUGAGGCAGAAACACAAAUUGUGAUCUGUAUUAAAAAAAAAAAAAGCACCAGAGAAUACAGAAAAUAUAGAUAUCAGUGUUAUCUCAAGGGAGAGAAUACAGCAAGCUUGGACUCAUCAUCUCAAGGGGUGUUGUAAAGCUGAAAAUAGAUAAAAACACAGAGAAUGUUUAGAGGGUUUGGAAGAAUAGGCAAUUUAACAGAGUGGUAAGUGAGACUACUGAAGUGUGUAGUUUAUAAUGCUGACAAUCAGGGCAGUUGAAAGGUGACAAAUCAGAAGCUGAAGAAUUGGCAGUGUCUCUAUUAUAUGUUAGUGAGCUCCAUAAACUUGAGAAGAAUGAGUGUGUGGAAGAGCAGUGAUAGUGGUAUUUGGUUGCAGACGUCUGUCAGUAUUGGCUCCUAGGGAAAACAUAGCUCAAGUGUCCUGCUCAGCCUUGGAUUGAGAAUGUUGGCUGCUGAGAUUGUUUCUGUAUUUUGCUGUAGUUGGGGCUCCAGUGUAAUGCUUCUGCAGUCUGCAAGAUUUGACCUGCAGCCUGACGUAUUGGCCACAGUACUGUAAUAAUAUAACACCAUUGAAAGAACAUUUCAUUCUUAUAUGAAGGUGAAGUCUUUCAUUUAGGAUGGAUGAGUUAUUAUUUAAAGCUCCCUGUGGAAUAUAACCCAGCUUUUGCUGACUUGUUGGUUCUCAUUGAAACUGUGAAGGUGUGAUGAAGCAGAAGUCGGCUGGGAAUACCAUAACCUAAAGUGUCCCAAAUGAACCAUUGCUGUUUUGCAGAUGAGAAACCUUACUAGGUGAGGUAUAUUUUGGACAGAAGUGAGGAGUCUGCCUGCACGCGAUCAGACGGAAAUCUCUAAUUGUGUGCUGAGAGUUCUGUCUGGUGGAAGUCAUGUCAUCCAUUCUGCCAUUCACUCCACCGGUUGUGAAGAGACUCCUUGGGUGGAAGAAGUCAGCUGGUGGCUCUGCAGGGGCUGGUGGUGGUGAGCAGAAUGGGCAAGAGGAGAAGUGGUGUGAAAAAGCGGUGAAAAGCUUGGUCAAGAAGCUAAAGAAAACAGGACAGCUGGAUGAGCUUGAGAAGGCCAUUACCACUCAGAACUGCAAUACGAAGUGUGUGACUAUACCAAGCACUUGCUCUGAAAUUUGGGGACUGAGUACACCAAACACGAUAGAUCAGUGGGACACAACAGGCCUUUACAGCUUCUCUGAACAAACCAGAUCUCUCGAUGGCCGACUACAGGUGUCGCAUCGUAAAGGACUACCGCAUGUCAUCUACUGUCGCCUGUGGCGCUGGCCGGAUCUUCACAGCCACCAUGAACUUAAAGCAAUUGAAAACUGUGAAUAUGCUUUUAAUCUUAAAAAGGAUGAAGUGUGUGUGAAUCCAUACCACUACCAGAGAGUGGAGACACCAGUCUUGCCUCCUGUACUAGUGCCACGGCACACUGAGAUCCUAACUGAGCUUCCUCCUCUUGAUGACUACACUCAUUCCAUUCCUGAGAACACUAAUUUCCCAGCUGGGAUUGAACCACAAAGCAAUUACAUACCAGAAACACCACCUCCAGGAUAUAUCAGUGAAGAUGGAGAAACGAGUGACCAGCAGUUGAACCAAAGCAUGGAUACAGGAUCUCCAGCAGAGCUGUCUCCCAGCACUCUCUCUCCAGUUAACCAUAGCCUGGAUUUGCAGCCAGUCACUUACUCGGAGCCCGCAUUCUGGUGUUCUAUAGCGUAUUACGAAUUGAAUCAAAGAGUGGGAGAAACCUUCCAUGCAUCACAACCUUCCCUGACUGUGGAUGGCUUCACAGACCCAUCCAAUUCGGAACGGUUUUGUCUAGGUCUGCUUUCCAACGUCAACAGGAAUGCAACAGUGGAAAUGACAAGACGACACAUAGGGAGGGGAGUGCGUCUCUAUUACAUCGGCGGAGAAGUGUUUGCCGAGUGCCUCAGUGAUAGCGCGAUUUUUGUUCAGAGCCCCAACUGUAAUCAAAGAUAUGGCUGGCAUCCUGCAACCGUCUGCAAAAUCCCACCAGGAUGCAAUCUAAAAAUCUUUAAUAACCAAGAGUUUGCUGCUCUUCUGGCUCAGUCUGUGAAUCAGGGUUUUGAAGCAGUUUAUCAGCUUACCAGAAUGUGUACCAUCAGGAUGAGUUUUGUUAAAGGAUGGGGAGCUGAGUAUAGGCGGCAGACCGUAACAAGCACUCCUUGCUGGAUUGAACUUCAUCUGAACGGACCUCUACAAUGGCUGGACAAAGUAUUGACUCAGAUGGGCUCCCCUUCAGUACGCUGCUCCAGCAUGUCGUAAAACUCCUUCCUCUGCUACCAGUGGGCUAAAUACCAAGGCCCAUCAACAGACUUCCUAGAAGAGCUCGUCUGUCGUAGUAUUUGUGUGUAGUCUCUAUGAACUGUUUACUAUCAAAAAAAAAAAAAAAAAAAAAAAAAAAAAAAAAAAAAAACAAAAAACAAAAAACUUUUUUUUAAAAAAAGAAAAACAGCACUUGAGGUCUCAUCAAUUAAAGCACCUUGUGGAUUCUGUUUCCUAUACUCUGAUACUAGAUGAAAACUUAGUGUAUAGAAAUGCCUUCUUCAGAGAGAAGAAGGAACAGCUCUAAAGACUCUUAAUGGUGUUUUUACUGGGUAUAUAAUUGAGUGUCCUAAUGGUUUAUCAAUAACAUGAAUAGCUAAGUAUACGUACAGGUAAUGUAUCAUGAUUCAGAUAUCACAGUAUUGUGCUGUUCUACAUUUUAGUUCCCAUAAUAAGAUGCUUGGUUUGUUUUUAGAUUGAGGCAAAUCUCAUAAAAUUCCAAGACUCGACUCCUUUAUUCUUUUAUAUUUUUUUAUAUAAGCAAGUUUUCAAGUUGUCCUAAACAUAAAAAGCAGACUUUCCUUGUAGAAAAGCUUAACUUUUUGCUGCCUUCUUAAUGAUAAAGAGAAUCCCUCCCUUGGAAGGGAAAGAAAUGUCUGAGAUUUAUCUGAAAUCUCAAGACAAUUUAUAUAUUCUUAAUGGGGCCUAAAAUGAAUCUCUGUACUCUAAAUUCUGAGUAUCCAUUACACUGGGAGUCUACUUUUCCCUACUCAUCUGAGCUGAUGCAUCUGUUGCUAGCAGUAUUGCUGGCACUGUAUUACUAAGGACUGUUUUGUACCUUGGAUCACUGAAGUCAGUGCUUUUCUCAUAGAGUGAGAGCUGACCAUAGCAUUAGGUACUGGAUUAAAUACAUAAGGGUAUUGACUUACCCCUUACAUCUGUAUGCUUUAAAAAAAAACAGAUGUUACUAAAAAUCUUGGGGUUUUUUUUGUUUUUCUUGUUGUUUUUUUUUUGAGCCAAACACCUUGAAAAAUCCUUUCCCAGGGUAAACUAGACUCUUUCUUAUAGGUUUUAAAUAGAUGCAGCUUCUUAAGAUGUUUCAGUAACAGAAUUUAAAUCUCUGAUCUGAGUGGCUUUGUACAGCUUACUGACAUACCAGAUCAUACUCAUUCAUUAUGUCAUAAUGGGCCUUGUUAUUAAAAGUAGUUGCUUCUGCAAAACCUUUAGGGUAGUGGUUGCUGAGGUAUGACCAGCGAAGGAGGACUUCUAGGUUCUUCACAACCGUGCAUGUUAUUGUGAACCCUUGGACACUACAACUGCACCAUAUUAAAAAUAUCCUGAAAUAUAUUCUACAGAUAAGGCUGGGUUGGGGAAGGGUUGGGAAACUGUAUAGAAGGGUUAUUCUGACUUGAAAAAUAUACAUCUUACUAACAAUUUUGUGAUCUAGCUGUCUGUCAUUCUUCUGUUAUUGUGGCAGUAGCAGGAUUGCCUUUGUCUGUUCUUUCCCAUUGUUUCACACAUUACACUAGCCCUGUACUUUGUAAGUGCAGCUAGUGAUAACAUGGAGAACAAAAACGUGGCCAGUGUUACAGCAUUUAAUUGGUUGACUGAAUUGAGGGUAGUCGUGGAUAUUUUCAUGCCGUAAUGACUAGGACAUAGAAGCAAUACCAAAAAAUAAAGCCUUGAAAGAAAAAGAGAGCCAGCCACCUUUUAAAAAUUGGCGAAGCAGUUACCAGUUUGUGCUAGUUUUACCAGUAGACUAAUGUAUUGGUAGAACUUGUGAACCUAAGAAAUAAGCUUCAUGAGUGUUGCAUUUGCCUAAUACGUGAAUACACUAAUAAAAGUUUUAAUUCUCA